UGGCGGCGGGGGGCAUGCCGCGGCUUGCCGUCUUCCUGUUCCCCUCGGAGAUGGUGUUCUACGCCGAGCAGAGGAGCUCCCAUAGGAGGGUGCUGACCCUUUACAACCCCUACAGCUUCAGCCUCAGCUUCAAGAUGUGGUGCACAGCGCCCUCGUUCUACAGGGUGGUGGAGGCAGAGGGCAGCAUCCGGGCCAAGUCCUGCGUCGACCUGGUCGUGCGUCACCUGGACGUCUCCCCCAGAAACUGUGGCCGCAGGGACCGGUUCCGCAUGGAGGUUAGGGGCGGAGGCCAGGUGGGACGACGGGAGAUCUGGGCGGAGCUUAGAGGAGGACGAGAGGAAGAGGAGCAAAGAGGAGGUCAACAAAGGGCGCCGCCCCGUCCUACUUCUCAGCUUCUGCCCGCACAGGCACACCUGCCUGCCUGCACAGCUGUGCGCAGCGCGUCUCAGUGGGCGGUGUGUGUGGCUGUGGCGGUGCUGUGUGUCACAGUGUUGAUGCUCCCCCUGCACACUGACAGCAACUCGCUGGUUCCACACUGGCUGCAAGUCUCCACCAAUCAGAAGCUGGUCUGCGCCUACACACUGGGUCUUGUUACCAUGGUGUUUCUACGGUGACGUCAUGCUGCAGCGACCUGUGGCCUCACCGUCGUCCACACAGGAGGACCCCUCAGACGAUUGUCACGGGACAGCGAGUAGCGUGUUCAAAAAAGCUUUAUUUAAACGUGUCGACGGAGCGGACAGAGUCAUCGACCACAGACGAACAGUUGGAUACGAGCGCCGUGAGAAGAAAUGGACGUUAAACCGACGAACAUGUGACUAAGCUGUGAUGCUGCGUAAAUAAAAUGAUUGUAAAUAAAAACAGAAAGUGAUGAUUUUAA